AUGCCACCCUACCAAACCAUCGCCCUAGCAGGCUGCAACGGCAACCUCGGCCCCUCCAUCCUCCAAGCCCUCAUCAACGACGCCUACCCCUUCACCAUAACAAUCCUCUCCCAAACCGGCAAAAGCCCCCUCCCCAACAACCUCCUCCCCCCUUCGAUCAAAAUUCAAAAAGUCGACUACACCUCCACCCCUUCCCUAAUUUCCGCCCUCCAAGGCCAAGAAGCCCUCAUCUCCCUCCUCCCAGACUUCUCUCUCCAACCAAAAUUAAUCGACGCAGCCAUCGUCGCCGGCGUGAAACAUUUCAUCCCCUCGGAAUUCGGCAGUAAUACUCUCCACCCUCAAACCGCCGCGCUCCCACUCUUCAGGGAUAAAAUCUCCACGCGGGAAUAUCUCCAAUCCAAAAGUCGAGAAAUUGGUUGGACGGUGAUAAUUAAUGGAUUACUCCUCGACUGGGGCCUAGAAUCUGGAUUUUGGAUGACUUUUCCUCCUCUCCCUACGAAAAUCUACGAUGAUGGGAAUGUUAAACAUUCCACUACUUUAAGAUCGCAUGUGGGCAAAGCGGUGGUAUCCAUCUUGAAGAAUCCCCGAGCAGCAACGAAUCAUCGGGUGCUAUAUAUUCAAUCCACGGCGCUAUCUCAGAAUCACAUUUUGGAAAUUUUCAAAAAGAGGAAUCCAGGGGUGGAAAUUCCUACCGUGGCGGUUCGGACGGAGGAGAUUUUGGAGAAGAGUUUGGAAGGGUUUAGAAAGGGACCGGGAGGAGGAGGGCAGGAAUUUGUAGAGGCGAUUAUGGGGUUGUUGAUUGUGAGUAUUUUUCGUGAGGGGUAUGGGAAUGAUUGGUCGGGAGGGAAUGAUAAUUCUUUGGUGGGGGUUGAGGAGUUGGGUGAGGAGGAGGUUGAGGAGGUUGUGGGGAGGUUUUUGGCCGAUGUGGAAGGGGGGGAUGGGGUUGUGGGGGAUUUGAAGUGGAUUGAGUCGAAGGUGCUCGGGAAGGAAGGAAAGUAA